CAUGCCGGCUACGGGGAGCGAGCAACAGAUCCCGACGCCCCAACUGCAGGAUCCUGGAGACGAUCGCAACCUGGUCAGCAUUCUCCGGCGCAGGGUCGCCGCCCGAGAGCCAUUCGCGGCCGACAGCUUCAUCCAGGAGGCGGACGUCUACUUGGCUGCCCCCGCGGAGCUCGUCCGCGACCAUGCUCCGGGCAUGGACCUCGGCGAGGGGAAAGAGACGGCGUGGUACUUCUUCAGCCCCGCCAAUUACCACGAGACCCCGGGUGCACGGAGACGAAAGCGCAAGGUCGGCGGCGCUGACGCCGGUGAGACGUGCUGCUGGCACCCGGAGGCGGGAAAGGUGCCCAUUCUAGGCCCGGGUAAGAAGCCCGUUGGGGCGUACAAGCGCAAGCUCUCCUAUGUGCUCAAGGUCAAGAACCCGCCUGGUUCCGCAAAGCCGUAUCGAAACAAAAGCCUUGGUUGGAUCAUGGUCGAGAUUGGGCUUGAGCAGCAGCAGGCCGACCAGCAGCUAGUGCUCUGCAAGCUGUACAAGUCUCGCAGUCGCAGGGAUGCUGAAAUUUCUAUUUCCACCGGAGCCUGCCGCGUGGACGCCUACGACGAGAAGCCAUGUCCCGCGCCGCCGCCACCUGCUGCUGCUGCUCCGUCGUGUGAUAGCCAGGUAACGGAACGUAAGACGACGACAUCAGGCUACAAUAUUCACUCGCCGAGAGUCGCCCAGAAGCCUCCACUCUCCAUCCCCCUCGCCUUCAAGCAUGGCACUCGGUCUAGGCCGAUGGGAGGGAGCAGGAGUGGUGUGGCAAUUGAGAAGAAGGCGUCGCCGGCGGUGGCGGUGACCGUCGUGAUGAAAUUCGGUGGGUCAUUGACGCAGUCGGCCCAUCGGAUGAAGGAGAUGGCCAAGCUCGUCCGCAGCUUCCCGGACGGAGGCGGCGAGUCUCCGGUGGUUGUUCUGUCCGCCAUGGGGAACACCACCACCAACCUUCUCCUGGCCGCUGGGAAAGCGCUGAGCUGCCGGCCCCAAGAGGCGAGCGAAAUCCACGAGCUCGCCAUCACAAAGGAGCUGCAUUUCAGGAUGGUUGAUGAUCUUGGACUGCAUAGGUCGAUUGCUUCAGGUUCAUUGGAGGAGUUGGAAAACGUUUUUGUGGCUAUUGCUGUGAUGAAAGAGCUGACUUCUAAGACACGAGAUUACCUUGUUUCCUUCGGUGAACACAUGUCCACAAGAAUAUUUUCUGCAUAUUUAAAUAAACUUGGGGAAGGGGCACGACAGGAAUGGGAAUCGUUUCCCGUUGAUACUUGUGGAAGGGGUGGUAGCGACUUGACUAUGACUACAAUUGGCACAGAUAGGAGAUCAAGAGAAAUCCAGGUUUGGAAGGAUGUAGACGGUGUGUUGACAUGUGAUCCCAAUGUUUGUGCAAAUGCGAUACCACUGCCCUACUUGACUUUUGAUGAGGCAGCUGAACUUGGGUUGUUUGAUGGACAGUCAAAGCAACUAGCUAUGGAAGGUGGCAUACCAGUUAUAGUUAAGAACUUGUGCAACCUUCAAGCACCUGGCACCAUGAUUACUAAAACAAGAGAUAUGAGCAAGAGUAUAUUAACCAGCAUUAUGUUGAAAUCAAAUGUUACCAUGAUGGAGAUAGAGAAUACAAGUAAGCUCGGACAGUAUGCUUUUGCAGCAAAGGAUGAAAUACCUUGA